AUGAGUUCGUUGAAGAAAGAGACGUUGUUAGCGAUCCCAUUAACGGACCUCACAAAAGGCGUAUGGCGCCAUCGUGGCGACCCUCUGCCUCAAAUGGCCCCCCGUACGAAGGUUAGGAACAGACGAACACGCAAAUCGCAAAUUUUUACUACACCACAGCAUAGUACGAUGGAUUUCGAAGCAGUUGGGUGCUCCAGAGGGAUUCAAAGGAUUCCGAUAAAACUAGGAAUGCGAACGAAUGUGAAUAACUCAGCCGAAAACUACAACUACGAUGCGCAGAAACACCAACAGCGUUUCGGAGUGAACGUGAAAUGUUGCAAGUUCAUGAAGCACGACUACCUGCGGUCACACGGUCACGACAAAGACGCAGACAUGACUGUGUACCGAUCGAGCGAGUGUACAGACGUGAAGGGGCCGGAACGUUGGGAGAGAGAGAUAAGUCGCGAGUUUCAUUGCAAAUUGAUUCAUGAACACGUACAUCGGUAA